CUUUUUCAAACAGUUUUACUUGAAAUCUUCUAAUCUGGCAACACCGGGCUCGAGUUCCCUGCUACUGCCGCCUAUAGCAGGGCGAUAGCUAUCAUACAUACUGAGUGAGUCCACAUUUGGUUUGCAGCCUAUACGUACGUCUUUGGAAGCUGAGGUUGUUCCCAAAUGUCUGCACGGGUGUUGCUACAUAACGUAUUUCAGAUUGUCUGAAGCGUGACGCUCUUGUCCCCGUGUGACUCCGACCAGCAGAUGGCAGAGCAGACCGGCUUUCUCUCCAAUGUGACCCUGCUCUGCAGCUCCACGGUCAAGCGACCACCCACUGAACAAAAACACGCAGACGCAUGCACACAGAGGUGCAUUCCCACUGUCUGUGUCACACACUACAGGGCCACAUAAAGACAGAGAAAGAUAUCUGAAGAACAAGGCAGCAGCUGCACAGUCGGAGCUGAAGGGAAAUCAGCAGUUCAUUCUAGUAAAGAAGUGUGUCCGAUGGGUGGAGGCGCCACCCGGCUGUACAGCGCCCUGACUCAGACCCGCGGCAGCUCUCCCCUCCCCCUCCCCCUGUCCCAGCAGCCUGACAACACAAACCUGGAUCCAGCUUUCUGCCAGGAGCAGAAGGGGUCCCCUGCAUGUCCCCCCGAUCCAGCCGAGCUGCUUCGACAGUGUGAAGAGGCCCUCGGGGACCGACCACACCGCCUCCACAGGAAGUUCACUCACCUCAACGAUGGAGACAGCGCCCCCAGCAGCCCCAUCAGGGUGAUGCAGUGGAACAUACUGGCCCAAGCCCUGGGUGAGGGACUUGACAGUUUUGUCCAGUGUCCUCCAGAGGCCCUCAGCUGGUCCCGUAGGAAGUACCUCAUCCUAGAGGAGAUCCUCACCUACCGACCUCAUAUCCUGUGUCUGCAGGAAGUCGACCACUACUACGACACCCUCCAGCCGGUUCUGGCAGGCCUGGGUUACAGCAGCAACUUUUGCCCUAAACCCUGGUCACCGUGCCUGGAUGUGGAGGGCAACAAUGGCCCCGACGGCUGCGCGCUGUUCUUCGAUCAGUCGCGGUACGAGUUCCUGGACAGCGUGAGCAUACGCCUUACUGCCAUAAGGAUUCCAACCAAUCAGGUUGCCGUGGUGACGAUGCUGCGUUGCCGGAGCACGGGGAGAUGCGUGUGCGUGGCCGUGACCCAUCUGAAGGCUCGUUCCGGCUGGGAGUGGCUCCGCAGCGCCCAGGGCUCCGACCUCCUGCGACAGCUCCAGACUCUGGUCCAGAAACACGUGGGCGCCCCCAGCUCUGACAUUCCUCUGCUCAUAUGUGGAGAUUUCAACGCAAUCCCGACUGAGGAGGUGUACCGACGUUUCGCCGCGUCGCCUCUCGGUUUGGACUCGGCCUAUAAGAAACUCAGUCAAGACGGUUUGACUGAGCCGGAGUACACCACAUGGAAGAUUCGGCCUACAGGGGAAUGCUGCUCCACUCUGGACUACAUCUGGUACAGUCAGCACACACUGAGAGUGGACGCCGUUUUGGACAUGCCCACUGAGGAACAGAUUGGGCCAAACAGGCUUCCGUCCUUCAGCUAUCCGUCCGACCAUCUCUCUCUGGUUUGUGACUUCAGCUUCAAAGAGGAGGAGUAGGAAGGGACACAGUCGGGUUGGCUUCACUCAACAAUGAGGCGCGCUGAGGAGACGCCACGCGGGAGCGACGGGGGCGGGAGUGUUUGACAGGACAGAGAAACCAGAGUGGGACGUUGGUUACUGCACGUAGAUUGAAAAGUCAGAUAACUUAUGACGCAGAAGAGAUGGAUGCUGAACGGCAUAGUCUACCUCCCCACUGUGUGAGAGGGUUUUCUGCACCAAGUUAAAUCAUCUGUACUCAAACAUAAAUUGCACAGUGAAACUUAUGAAUGGGGUUUAUAUAUAUAUAUAUACACUACCGGUCACAAGUUUGAGGUCACUUCGAAAUUUCCAUUCCACUCCAUUAUAGACAGAAUACCAG